UUACAUCAUGUCAAAUUUAUCUCAUACACAGCGUGUUACAAUGCUGUAUAAGACAAUUUUAAGGUUACAUCGUGGUUUACCAACUGAUAUUCAAGCUUUAGGAAAUAAUUAUGUUCGAGAUGAAUUCAAAAGACACAAAACAUGUGAUGAGGCUACAAAAGACAUAUUUCUAAAGGAGUGGACAGAAUAUGCUAUAAUGCUUACAAAACAACUUGGAUUAAAAGGACCGCAUACAGCUAUCCCUCUAGGUGAGAAUUUGAAAGAAGAAGAUUUUAGCAAAUUUAGGGAUGAACAAAUAUACCAAUUGUAUGAAUUAAUGAUAGCAACAACUGGUAAAGUCAAAAAGAAUGUAAACGACACAUAACUUAAUUUUUCUAAAAUAUUGAAAUAGUUUAUAUUAUAUAGUUUUUAAGAUAU